AAAGCCCGGAUUCGAACAGAAUCCGAAUUCAGAACCAGCUUCUGGCCUUUCCUUGCAGGAAUCGAGAGUAACCACGCGGGAUUUUCUCGGCGCGUUCCUGUUUAAGAGUCCUGGAAGCAGCAAGCUAAAAGGCCAUCAAAGGCCACGUGGCCAACUGCCGUGGCUUUGUAGGAACAGGGUGGCAGCAACGAGGCCAGCCAGGCUCGAGCCAAGAUGGCGCUGCUCGCCCGCGCGCGCGCACGCGCUGCGGAAGGGCGCCGGGGACGCGGCCGAGCGCGGGCACGGCCUCCCGGCGGCUGCGCGCCUGCGCGAGGGCGGGCUGAGGGCGGGCGCGCGCGCGGCGGGGGCGGGCUCAGGCCAGAGCGGAGCUGCAGCCUCGGAGCCGGACGCGUCCGCGAAGAUGGCGGGCCGGAGCAUGCAAGCUGCGAGAUGCCCUACUGACGAACUGUCUUUAAGCAACUGCGCAGUCGUGAACGAGAAGGACUACCAGUCUGGCCAGCAUGUGAUGGUGAGGACGUCCCCCAACCACAGGUACAUAUUUACGCUGAGGACCCAUCCAUCUGUGGUUCCAGGAAGCAUUGCCUUCAGCUUACCUCAGCGAAAAUGGGCUGGACUUUCUAUUGGGCAGGAAAUAGAAGUCUCCUUGUAUUCGUUUGACAAAGCCAAGCAGUGCAUCGGCACAAUGACCAUCGAGGUUGACUUUCUGCAGAAAAAGAGCAUCGACUCCAAUCCUUAUGACACCGACAAGAUGGCAGCAGAGUUCAUCCAGCAGUUCAACAACCAGGCCUUCUCAGUGGGGCAGCAGCUUGUCUUUAGCUUCAAUGAUAAGCUCUUUGGUUUACUGGUGAAGGAUAUUGAAGCCAUGGAUCCUAGCAUCCUGAAGGGAGAGCCUGCGUCAGGUAAAAGGCAGAAGAUUGAAGUAGGGCUGGUUGUUGGAAACAGUCAAGUUGCGUUUGAAAAAGCAGAAAACUCAUCGCUCAAUCUUAUUGGCAAAGCUAAAACCAAGGAAAAUCGCCAGUCGAUCAUCAACCCUGACUGGAACUUUGAGAAAAUGGGAAUUGGCGGUCUGGAUAAGGAGUUCUCAGAUAUUUUCCGACGAGCAUUCGCUUCUCGGGUGUUCCCUCCGGAGAUCGUGGAGCAGAUGGGUUGCAAACAUGUUAAAGGCAUCCUGUUGUACGGACCCCCUGGCUGUGGUAAGACUCUCUUGGCUCGACAGAUUGGCAAGAUGCUGAAUGCGAGAGAGCCGAAGGUGGUCAAUGGGCCAGAGAUCCUUAACAAAUACGUGGGUGAAUCGGAGGCUAACAUCCGUAAGCUGUUUGCUGAUGCCGAAGAGGAGCAAAGGCGGCUUGGUGCUAACAGUGGCUUGCACAUCAUCAUCUUUGAUGAAAUCGAUGCCAUCUGCAAGCAGAGAGGGAGCAUGGCUGGUAGCACUGGAGUCCAUGACACGGUUGUCAACCAGCUGCUGUCCAAGAUCGAUGGCGUCGAGCAGCUGAAUAACAUCCUCGUGAUCGGAAUGACCAACAGACCAGAUUUGAUUGAUGAGGCUCUCCUCCGACCUGGAAGACUGGAAGUUAAAAUGGAGAUAGGCUUGCCAGACGAGAAGGGUCGGCUGCAGAUCCUUCACAUCCACACAGCAAGGAUGAGAGGGCAUCAGCUACUGUCUGCGGAUGUGGACAUCAAGGAGCUGGCAGUGGAGACUAAGAAUUUCAGUGGCGCUGAGCUGGAGGGCCUGGUGCGAGCAGCGCAGUCCACAGCCAUGAACAGGCACAUAAAGGCCAGUACGAAGGUGGAGGUAGACAUGGAGAAAGCAGAGAGCUUGCAGGUGACAAGAGGGGACUUCCUUGCUUCUUUGGAGAACGACAUCAAACCAGCAUUUGGCACAAACCAAGAGGAUUAUGCAAGCUACAUCAUGAAUGGAAUCAUCAAGUGGGGCGACCCUGUGACCCAUGUUCUGGAUGAUGGAGAGCUGCUGGUCCAGCAGACUAAGAACAGUGACCGUACACCACUGGUUAGCGUCCUUCUGGAAGGCCCUCCUCACAGCGGGAAGACUGCCCUCGCUGCAAAGAUUGCAGAGGAAUCCAACUUCCCCUUCAUCAAGAUCUGCUCCCCUGAUAAAAUGAUCGGCUUCUCUGAGACAGCCAAGUGUCAGGCCAUGAAGAAGAUCUUCGAUGAUGCUUACAAAUCUCAGCUCAGCUGUGUGGUCGUGGAUGACAUCGAGAGACUGCUCGAUUAUGUCCCCAUUGGUCCCCGGUUCUCCAACCUGGUGUUGCAAGCUCUUCUUGUGUUGCUGAAAAAGGCGCCUCCUCAGGGCCGCAAGCUCCUCAUCAUUGGGACCACCAGCCGCAAAGAUGUCCUGCAGGAAAUGGAGAUGCUUCAUGCCUUCAGCACCACCAUCCAUGUGCCCAACAUUGCCACCGGGGAGCAGCUGCUGGAAGCUCUGGAGCUUUUGGGAAACUUUAAAGAUAAGGAACGCACCACAAUUGCUCAGCAAGUCAAAGGGAAGAAAGUCUGGAUAGGAAUCAAGAAGUUACUAAUGCUGAUUGAGAUGUCCCUGCAGAUGGACCCCGAGUACCGUGUGAGGAAAUUCUUGGCCCUCCUGAGAGAAGAAGGAACUAGUCCCCUGGACUUUGACUGAAGGACAGACUGCUUACGACAGUGACCAGGGGAGGUGACCAAGGUGAAGCUGGCCUGGGAUCGUCACUCACCAUACCCAAGACACCGGACUCAGUGAAGCGUUCUCCACCCUCAGUGCCCUCGCCCUGCAUGAUUAGUGCGGCAAACUCCCUCGUGCUUUUUGAGACGGCCUAGUGUUUCCUGGACUGCUGUGCUUCCCGCCCGUGCUCGCUAAGAUGAUCCCUGCCUGCGCGGAAGGCAGGCUGCACUUGUGCACUUUGCACACGCUGCGCUUCCUGCCACGCUUGGCCUACCAGAAGGUAGGCUUCCUGUGACCAAGAGCAAAGGUAGAGGCUCGGAGGGUUUCACUCAGCACUGCGUAUCUGGUGAAACGGUUCCCUCGCAGAGGAGGUCACUAUCUUUGCCUACAGAAGCAGGCUUUGACUAUCUGAGAUGCUGGUCUCAAUCGUUUUCAGAGACAUUUCCAAAUUGCAAUCAGGAGAGCUUUUCUAAUCAGAAAUCAGAUCAUUCCUGGGGUGGCUGUGACGGGCCCUGAGCGUAAUUCAUUUGCUCUGUGGUAGGAGAUAGGCUAAUCAUUUAAACAGCAUCACUUGGUAGAUGCUGUUAAAACCUUCUGAAAGACACAUACGGAAAGCUGUACAUCCCUAAACAGAAAAAAAUACUAAAAUAAUUUACAAGCCUCUCAGCUCUAAUUAGUGUCCAACUCUAAGUGGGUCAGCUCCUUAGGAUGACGUCAGAGGCUCAUUAGUGCCAUACUCUCCUUUUUCCUCAGCCUAAUGACCUAUAAUAAUUUAUCCUCCCCGUAUCUCAAGUGAUUAGUAACGUCUAAAGCACAUAAAUAAAACACUAUGAACUAGCAAAACAAGCCACCUCCCAACCCUCUCCCUCAGACCUUGACUAUCCAUUCCAGGGUCCUCAGCACACUUCUUCCAAAAGAGGAGGACCUCACCCCGCCUUUUGGAGGGUGGUUUGUCUAAUCAGUGGGUUAGAAGGAAUUUAAUUAGGUCGUCAUUCGUGGAGACGAGUCUUAGGGAGCGCACCACUCUCCCCGCUGCUGCUUAAAACUCGAAGGCAGCCCUCAGAGGCAUGCUGCCGCAGGGCGGCAGGGCGGCUGGGUGCACCCCGUCUCCUGAUCUUGCUAUCUGUAUACUUUGUUUUGCGUUUUCAUCCCUGGCUUAUUUCGUGGCUUUGAAAGAGUGGACUGUGUGGUGAAGCUGUGAUUCCUGUGGCCGGUACCGUGGUUCCUGUCUGUCACCAUGGUCCCUGUUGUCUGCGGUCCUGCCUUUCUCCUCCCAAAGUCCUCCAUGGAGUAACUUAUGUUUCUUGUUCAGUGAAGUUAAUGUCUUGUGUUUUUGUCCAAAAUUAUAUUGAAAAAGAUAAAUAUUAUAUUGUGUAAUGCAAAUUGAAGGAAUGCAAUAAAGAGUAAAUAUACUUGAAA